AUUUUAAAGCAAGCAAGCUAAGCUCCCGGCCAUUAUGCUCACUUAAAGCAUGCAAUGGCUAAUCCGUUUGAUUACUACAACAACAACGUUAACGUUCCGCCAAACCCCACCCCUUCUCUACAAAUUCCUGAUCCAUCCCACCAUAAUACUACUGCGGCUACUGCUACUGUUACUGCAUUUCAAGACCACCCUUCACCUUCUGGCGGGCGUGGUUCGCCGCGGAGGCACCAUCUUUACCGGGGAAUCAGGUGGAGGAACGGGAAAUGGGUGUCUGAAAUCCGUGAGCCCAAGAAAACCUCACGGAUAUGGCUCGGCACCUACCUCACUCCAGAAAUGGCCGCUGCAGCCUACGACGUGGCUGCUCUGGCGCUCAAAGGCCCUGAUGCCCCGCUCAACUUCCCCGACUCCGUUGUCUCCUACCCAAUUCCCCGCUCUCACUCCGCGGCGGAUAUCGCCGCCGCGGCUGCGAGAGCUGCCGCCUCUAGAGCACCGGCUCCGUCAAGUACUGGGCAUGGCGGCAGUAGCAGUGAAGUGGCGGGGGCUUCGUCAACAACAGUAGUGCCACAGAAGGCGGAGGAGGAAGAGUUCGUGGAUGAGGAGGCGCUGUUUGACAUGCCGAACCUGAUGGUGGACAUGGCUGGAGGCAUGAUGGUAAGCCCGCCGAGGAUGAAGCCAUCGCCGCCACAUGGUGACGACUCACCAGACUACUCUCUCUGGAGUUACCCUUAAUCAUAAUAAUUAAUUAAGCUAAGUGCCAAUCUAAGGCUUAUCGAUUAGUUUCUUUAAUUUUCGAGCCGCCGCUGCAUAUAUACCUAUAUCUAUAUAUAUGUGCGCGCAGUUAUGUACGUAUCGUAUCCUUCCACUUAUAGCUUCACUACGUCGUAUAGUACGUAUUAGAUAUGAUGUAAAGCUGUUUCAUGUUUUUGCUUCAGAUCAAUCUGGCCUGGGAAGAUCAGAUUUGAAGCAGCUUAGUCAAUUUAAUAUCGUAUUGUGUUUAAUUUUAAUUUUGUAUGUAUGUAUGAGCUGAGGUUACGUUGUAGCCCAGCAUCGAUCAUAUCAUAUGUGAUCGAGUUUGGGUUCUUCAAAGCUAUGCUAUGAAUUGAAUGAGAACUUUUAGUUCCUUAAUUUUUA